CACCACCACCAUCACCACCACCACCACCACCGUGAAGCUCUCACGAUGGCUCCGCUCGCUGUUGCCGCUGUUGCGGCAGGAGGCGUCACCUUGAUGCUGCCUCCCGUGCCGCCCCUCGUCCAGUACCGUGACCAUCUCCUGCUGGUCCCACCUCAAGAUGUCCACCAACACCACCACCACCACCACCAACAACAACAACAUCACCAUCAGAAGCAGAAGAAAAGCCAUCACAACAACAACAACAACCGCCACCACCACCAUCAGCACAACAACAACAACAACAGGAGGCUGGAGGAUGGCAAGGUGGAUGAGGGGUCCCGGGUGUCUUCCCUAGGCGCCCUGCUGGGCCUCAGCGAGGCGUCGUCUCACCUGCCGGGCGGCAUGUUGAGGAGGCGGCAACUCUACUGCCGCACGGGACAUCACCUCGAGAUCCUCGCUAACGGAACUGUACGCGGGACCCGCAGGGAUCACAGCAGAUUCGGCAUCCUCGAGUUCUUCAGCAUCGCCGUAGGCCUGGUGAGCAUCCGUGGGGUGGACACUGGGAGGUUCCUGGCCAUGAACGACAGAGGGGAGCUCUAUGGAGCGACCCGGCUGAGUGCGGAGUGCGUCUUCAAGGAGGAGUUCGAGGAGAACUGGUACAACACGUACUCCUCCAGCCUCCACCGCCAGCGGCCGAGCGGGAGGCGUCUCUACUUGGGGCUCAACCGAGACGGCAGCGCGCGCGACGCCACGCGGACUCGUCGCACGCAGCGGUUCGCGCACUUCCUGCCCAGACACGUGGAGCAGCAGCAGCAGCAGCAUCUGCAGCAGCAGCAGCCGCAGCAUCUGCAACUGCAGCAGCGGCAGCAGGGAGGAAUAGGACCGGAGCCGUUCGUCCGUGCCAGCCAGACAGACAGCAAGUCAGACAGCUAG